GAGCUGGAGAGCGAGAGCGUGCAAAGACAGCAAGGCCACGCAGCAGCAACGAGCACUGGAGAGACGAGAGAGAGAGAGUUCGCGCACCGGCGAUGUGAUUCUCUGAUACCUGUCCAUAUAGCAGGCGCUCAGUGUGUGAUGCCAGGACUGGGACUGGUUUACGUUCCCAAGACAACCGGACGUCCCACACCGGAGUUGUCUCAAGAGACAGACAUUGAUGACCACGGGACACUUAACAGCUCCACCACUUUGCAGGGACUACCGGUGGACUUUUCACCCUCUCGCUAACAUGCAGGAAGGACCUUAUGACCAGGGAAAUAGCCCCUGGAGAAGUCUGUCCUAGAGGCCCCCAGCACACUACCACAGCGCAGAGUGGCCCGGGUCUCUGGCAUGUCUUCUCUCUUUGGGAACCUGAGUGUCCCCUGGGGAAUUGGGGUUUUGACGGGUGCCACAGAAAGCGGGAACCUGACGACGGCGUCCCCGCCCGGGCAGAGGGCGGGGGAGUCCGUGGAGCCCCUCUGCACCCUCUGUUGCUGUGGCCUGCUCAACCGCACCCUCUCCGUGGUGUUCAUGGUCAGCCUGGCCUUCGCCAUCGUCGUGGGCAACGUGGUCACGCUCACUGUGUUCAUGCAGACCCGCCAGUUCCGCACGCCGCAGGGAUACCUCAAAGUCUCCCUGGCCCUGGCAGACAUGAUGGUGGGCAUCCUGGUGGUGCCAUUCUCUGUCUACACCGAGAUUUCGCUCAUGGUAACCAGCGCGCCCCCCGUGUGGUACCAGGGGGGCUCCAAACCCACAGCGGGGGGCCUGGGGCAUCCCUGGCAGCCCUGCAAGCUGAUUGGUCCGGUGUUCGCCGGGUGCACCUUCGUGUCCAUCAGCACCAUCUUCCUGAUGACGGUGGAGCGCAGCGUGGCCAUCCUGUGGCCCCUGCACAAGGACUCGCUGGUGACGCGGCGUCGCGCCCUGCUCCUCAUCCUCCUCUCCUGGGCCGGCAGCUUCCUGCUGGCCCUGGCGCCGCUCAUCCUGGUCAACGGCUUCACCCUGGAGUACAACGAGUGCAGCCGCAUGUGCAACUACACCCCGCUGUGGGACGGGGUGCAGCCCCCGCCGGACGGGAACAUCCUGCUGCUCUUCCCCGCCUUCGACUUUACCCUGCUGGGCGGGACCCUGGCGGUCAACAUCCUGUCCUUCACCCGCAUCCGCCGCUACACCCGCAAGCGCAAGCUGCUGUCGGAGGGGGGCAGUGGCGGGGAAGGGGGCGGGGCCGGGGGCGGGCCCUCCUCCCAGAGGCCCUCAUUCUCGGACAUCAAGGCGGCCAAGACGAUCGGCAUCCUGACGUUCGCCUUCACGGCCUCCUUCUCCCCCAUCGCAGUGUUCGUGCUGGGCAGCGUGGUGGGCUACACCUGGUGCAACUUCUCCUUCUUUGCCUUCUGGAUGCUGACGGCCAACAGCUGCUGCAACGUGAUCAUCUACAGCGUGCGGGACCAGCGUUUCCGGAAGGGGGUGAGCCUGCUCUUUCAGAGGGACCAAACGCCCCCCCAGGGGGAAAAGAGCUGAGGAGACGACAGCCCCC